GGAGAGUUUGACCCAAAGGAGAGUUUGACCAAAAGGAGAGUUGGACAAGCUUUAAUAAAACAUCAUUUAAACAUAGCUGGCUAAAUCGUAACCUCUCGCUUUUAACUUAGAUUUGUGGAACAACACGUUUCUUUUUUUUUGUUUGUUUCAAAGUUCACGGACAUGUUUGAGAAGAUCGCUCGUCGUUAUUAACUUGUUACCGGUGUCUACCAUCACCACCCGGUGUACCCGUUACCCCUCCAGCCCCUGGGCCCUGUCUCUCUCUUCUGCCUCUCAGCUCACCUCGAUCUGGGAAAGAUGGUGUCGUGGAUGAUCUCCAGAAGCGUUGUGCUCGUCUUCGGGACCCUGUAUCCUGCAUACUAUUCCUACAAAGCAGUGAAAACCAAAAAUGUCAAGGAAUAUGUCCGUUGGAUGAUGUACUGGAUUGUGUUUGCUCUCUACACCGUAGUGGAGACCAUCACAGACCUCACUGUAGCCUGGUUCCCCUUGUACUAUGAGAUUAAGAUAGCAUUUGUUAUCUGGUUGCUGUCUCCCUACACCAGAGGAGCUAGUCUCAUCUACCGGAAGUGUCUCCAUCCUCUACUGUCCUCAAGAGAGAGGGAGAUAGAUGAGUACAUUGUCCAGGCCAAGGAGCGUAGCUACGAGACCAUGGUGACCUUCGGCAAGCAGGGCCUAAGUAUAGCUGCUACUGCAGCUGUCUCCGCAGCUGUCAAGGGCCAGGGGGCGAUCACAGAGAAGCUGAGGAGCUUCAGUAUGCACGACCUGACUCAGAUACCCCUCGACGACGCAGCAGCCAAUCAGAUCUAUACGGCCCAUGCCGGCAACCCUGCCGUGAGCAGGAGGGCGCUCGCCGCAAACUCGACCGACAGGACAGAGUACUAUGCCUAUGAUCAGGAGGACAGGACAGACGAGGAGGGGGAACAACUCUUCUCAGAGGACGAGGCUGUCACCCAGAGAGGUCUGAGGAGGUCCCAGAGUGUCAAGAUCGUGCGCUCUAAAGCCCGCAAAGAUGCCCGUUAUGGAUCUCUGAAGAUCAAAGGGAAGCGGAGGCCGGUUCUGACUGCUGCUACCUACAGUGCCAUGUAAUGACCAGUCCAGGAGACUGCUGGCUGGUGCCAUGGAUGGGUUUCCUUCUGUAGUGCUCUACUGUUGACCAGAGCACGGUGGGUCCUGGCCAACAGUAGUGCAUUAUGGGCCCUGGCCAACAGUAGUGCAUUAUGGGCCCUGGCCAACAGUAGUGCAUUAUGGGCCCUGGCCAACAGUAGUGCACUAGAAUGGGAAUAGGCUUUUUGGGACGGACCAGGUAAUCAGUCAACAAUUCAGGAAGGACGGCUCCAACAUCCAUAUCAGUGACUACUGACUGCUCCAACAUCCAUAUCAGUGACUACUGACGGCUCCAACAUCCAUAUCAGUGACUACUGACGGCUCCAACAUCCAUAUCAGUAACUACUGACUGCUCCAACAUCCAUAUCAGUAACUACUGACUGCUCCACCAUCCAUAUCAGUGACUACUGACGGCUCCAACAUCCAUAUCAGUGACUACUGACUGCUCCAACAUCCAUAUCAGUGGCUACUGACUGCUCCAACAUCCAUAUCAGUAACUACUGACUGCUCCAACAUCCAUAUCAGUAACUACUGACUGCUCCAACAUCCAUAUCAGUAACUACUGACUGCUCCAACAUCCAUAUCAGUGACUACUGACUGCUCCAACAUCCAUAUCAGUAACUACUGACUGCUCCAACAUCCAUAUCAGUAACUACUGACUGCUCCAACAUCCAUAUCAGUAACUACUGACUGCUCCAACAUCCAUAUCAGUAACUACUGACUGCUCCACCAUCCAUAUCAGUAACUACUGACGGCUCCAACAUCCAUAUCAGUAACUACUGACGGCUCCAACAUCCAUAUCAGUAACUACUGACUGCUCCACCAUCCAUAUCAGUAACUACUGACGGCUCCAACAUCCAUAUCAGUAACUACUGACGGCUCCAACAUCCAUAUCAGUGACUACUGACGGCUCCAACAUCCAUAUCAGUGACUACUGACUGCUCCACCAUCCAUAUCAGUAACUACUGACGGCUCCAACAUCCAUAUCAGUGACUACUGACGGCUCCAACAUCCAUAUCAGUGACUACUGACUGCUCCACCAUCCAUAUCAGUAACUACUGACUGCUCCAACAUCCAUAUCAGUAACUACUGACUGCUCCAACAUCCAUAUCAGUAACUACUGACUGCUCCAACAUCCAUAUCAGUGACUACUGACGGCUCCAACAUCCAUAUCAGUGACUACUGACUGCUCCAACAUCCAUAUCAGUGACUACUGACUGCUCCAACAUCCAUAUCAGUGACUACUGACUGCUCCAACAUCCAUAUCAGUGACUACUGACUGCUCCAACAUCCAUAUCAGUGACUACUGACUGCUCCAACAUCCAUAUCAGUGACUACUGACGGCUCCAACAUCCAUAUCAGUAACUACUGACUGCUCCAACAUCCAUAUCAGUGACUACUGACUGCUCCACCAUCCAUAUCAGUGACUACUGACUGCUCCAACAUCCAUAUCAGUGACUACUGACUGCUCCAACAUCCAUAUCAGUAACUACUGACGGCUCCAACAUCCAUAUCAGUGACUACUGACUGCUCCAACAUCCAUAUCAGUGACUACUGACUGCUCCAACAUCCAUAUCAGUGACUACUGACUGCUCCAACAUCCAUAUCAGUGACUACUGACUGCUCCAACAUCCAUAUCAGUAACUACUGACGGCUCCAACAUCCAUAUCAGUAACUACUGACUGCUCCAACAUCCAUAUCAGUGACUACUGACUGCUCCAACAUCCAUAUCAGUAACUACUGACUGCUCCAACAUCCAUAUCAGUGACUACUGACUGCUCCAACAUCCAUAUCAGUGACUACUGACUGCUCCAACAUCCAUAUCAGUGACUACUGACGGCUCCAACAUCCAUAUCAGUAACUACUGACUGCUCCAACAUCCAUAUCAGUAACUACUGACGGCUCCAACAUCCAUAUCAGUAACUACUGACGGCUCCAACAUCCAUAUCAGUGACUACUGACGGCUCCAACAUCCAUAUCAGUGACUACUGACGGCUCCAACAUCCAUAUCAGUAACUACUGACUGCUCCAACAUCCAUAUCAGUGACUACUGACUGCUCCAACAUCCAUAUCAGUGACUACUGACGGCUCCAACAUCCAUAUCAGUGACUACUGACGGCUCCAACAUCCAUAUCAGUAACUACUGACUGCUCCAACAUCCAUAUCAGUGGCUACUGACUGCUCCAACAUCCAUAUCAGUAACUACUGACGUGUCAGACCAUCCAUUCUAUGGAGAACGAUGCUGUGGAACUGUUCUGCUGGUGUUUUUUUUAACUGUCCUGGGGGUCUAAUUCUAUUCACGCUGGGAGCAUCUGUCUUUUUAAAUGAACCAUCAACUCACUAUAUUUAUGACAUUUAUUCUGACUGUGUAUUUAAACCAUCGUACAGCGGCAGCUGUACAGAAAGAAUCUUAAGGUUUCCUGUCUUUUAGUUGUGUGUUUUUGUUGCAUGGAUCUUAUUUUCUGGGUCGUUUUAAUGUGCGGAUGUGGACUUUUUAGGAUCUUGGCUUUUUUUUUUUGGAGGUGUUAUAUAAUUAAUUUAGCUUCAUUUUGUCAUAUAUGCUGCCUUGUAUUUUGAGUUUAGCCUAUUAAAUAGUAGAAUACAUUAGAAUAGUGAUCAUUCUGACACACUUAAAAAGAUUGUUACAAAGUAACAGCUGACCAAAAAGUGUCCCUUGUUCCUUUCCGGAGGAAUAAACCAAUGAUGAGAGAAAGGGAACAGAGAAUCCUGUUAUUGGCUUGUGUCCCAAAUGGCUUCAUUCCCUAUACAGGGCACUACCCAAUGGGCCCUGCUCUAAAGUAGUGCACUACGUAGGGAAUAGGGUUCCAUCGGGCCCUGCUCUAAAGUAGUGCACUACGUAGGGAAUAGGGGUCCAUAGGGCCCUGCUCUAAAGUAGUGCACUACGUAGGGAAUAGGGGUCCAUAGGGCCCUGCUCUAAAGUAGUGCACUACGUAGGGAAUAGGGGUCCAUAGGGCCCUGCUCUAAAGUAGUGCACUACGUAGGGAAUAGGGGUCCAUAGGGCCCUGCUCUAAAGUAGUGCACUACGUAGGGAAUAGGGGUCCAUAGGGCCCUGCUCUAAAGUAGUGCACUACGUAGGGAAUAGGGUUCCAUAGGGCCCUGCUCUAAAGUAGUGCACUACGUAGGGAAUAGGGGUCCAUAGGGCCCUGCUCUAAAGUAGUGCACUACGUAGGGAAUAGGGUUCCAUAGAGCUCUGCUCUAAAGUAGUGCACAGGGUUCCAUCGGGCCCUGCUCUAAAGUAGUGCACUACGUAGGGAAUAGGGGUCCAUAGGGCCCUGCUCUAAAGUAGUGCACUACGUAGGGAAUAGGGUUCCAUAGAGCUCUGCUCUAAAGUAGUGCACUACGUAGGGAAUAGGGUUCCAUAGGGCCCUGCUCUAAAGUAGUGCACUACGUAGGGAAUAGGGUUCCAUAGGGCCCUGCUCUAAAGUAGUGCACUGUGUAGGGAAUAGGGUGCCAUUAGGGAUGCGAACCCAAUGUUGAGGUAUGUUUGUGUUGACUGUAACUGGCCUGUCCAGUUUGAAUGACUGCAUUUCCUGUUUUAGAUUUUGGAACAAAGCUUUUUUCAUUUUUUCAUAACCAGUCUUUUUGCACACUCUCUUCCAAAACGAUGUCCUUUUGUAAGGCUUUGAUGUCAUCUGUUUUUAGAAUGUGUCCUGCUGCAUUCUGGGAUGCUUUUAACCACGUGAUGAAACCUAUUUAAUACCAAAGCUUUAUCUACUAAACCAGUGACCUGGGUCUGAUUCGUGUGGGAAUGUAUCAUAGAGGUGUUGUAAAUAAAUGUAUACAUUCAAAAAUG